AUGGCGCUGCGGGCCCGGGCGCUCUAUGACUUCAGGUCGGAGAACCCGGGGGAGAUCUCGCUGCGGGAGCACGAGGUGCUGAGUCUCUGCAGCGAGCAGGACAUCGAGGGCUGGCUCGAGGGGGUCAACAGCCACGGCGACCGCGGCCUCUUCCCGGCCUCUUACGUGCAGGUGAUCCGGGCUCCGGCCGCGGAGCCGCCCGCCCCUGCCGGCGGGGCCCGCUACGCCAACCUGCCCCCCGGCGGCUUCGAGCCCCUGGUACUCCCGGCUGCCUUCAACCCCCCCGUCCAGCAGCUCCCCCCUCCGGCGGCGGCCGAGCCCUUCCCGCUGCCGCCCGCCUUCCCGCCCGCGCCUUACAGCGGCUCCUACCAGCCCAGCCAGGGCAGCGACGACGACUGGGACGAUGACUGGGACGACACCUCCACGGUGGCGGACGAGCCGGGCGUGCUGGGAAGCUCCUACCCGGACUACGAUGCGGCGGGGGGCGGCGGCCCCACCUCGGCCCGGUACCGCCUCUCCACCCGCUCGGACCUCUCGCUGGGCUCCCGCAACAGCCAGCAGCCCGGUCACCCCCACCACCUCCCCGGCGGCGGGGCCAAGAGCUCAGCCACGGUGAGCCGCAACCUCAACCGCUUCUCCACCUUCGUGAAGUCGGGCGGGGAGGCCUUCGUGCUGGGCGAGGCCUCUGGCUUCGUGAAGGACGGGGACAAGCUGUGCGUGGUGCUGGGCCCCUGGGGGCCCGAGUGGCAGGAGAACCCCUACCCCUUCCAGUGCUCCAUCGAGGACCCCACUAAGCAGACCAAGUUCAAGGGCAUGAAGAGCUACAUUGCCUACAAGCUGGUACCCAGCAACACCGGGCAGCAGGUGCACCGCCGCUACAAGCACUUUGACUGGCUCUAUGGGCGCUUGGCAGAGAAGUUCCCUGUCAUCUCCGUGCCCCACUUGCCCGAGAAGCAGGCCACGGGCCGCUUCGAGGAGGAUUUUAUCUCUAAGCGUCGCAAGGGCCUGGCUUGGUGGAUGGACCACAUGUGCAGCCACCCGGUGCUGGCUCAGUGCGAUGCCUUCCGACACUUCCUCACCUGCCCCAGCACCGAUGAGAAAGCCUGGAAGCAGGGCAAGCGCAAAGCCGAGAAGGACGAGAUGGUGGGCGCCAACUUUUUCCUGACCAUCAGCGUCCCCACCGGCCCUGCCGCUGCCCUGGAUCUACAGGAGGUGGAGAGCCGGGUGGAUGGCUUCAAGAGCUUCACCAAGAAGAUGGAUGAGAGCACCAUGCAGCUCACCCACACCGCCAAUGAGUUUGCCCGUAAGCAGGUCACUGGUUUUAAGAAGGAGUACCAGAAGGUGGGGCACUCCUUCAAGGGCCUCAGCCAGGCCUUCGAGCUGGACCAGCAGGCCUUUUCUGCCAACCUCAACCAAGCCCUUGCCUUCACGGGGGAAGCUUACGACGCCAUUGGGGAAUUCUUUGCAGAGCAGCCCCGACAGGACCUUGACCCUGUGAUGGAUUUGUUAGCACUAUAUCAGGGGCAUCUGGCCAACUUCCCAGACAUCAUCCAUGUCCAGAAAGGAGCCCUUACCAAAGUAAAGGAGAGUAAGCGGCAUGUGGAAGAAGGGAAGAUGGAGGUCCAGAAGGCUGAUGGUAUUCAAGAUCGCUGUAACAUUAUUUCUUUUGCCACCUUGGCAGAAAUUCAUCAUUUCCACCAAAUUCGAGUGAGGGACUUUAAGUCACAAAUGCAACAUUUCUUAAAACAGCAAAUACUUUUUUUCCAAAAAGUGACGCAAAAGUUAGAAGAAGCUCUUCACAAGUAUGACAGUGUUUAAUCUCCUAACUUUGAAUUGUGGACUGUUCAGAGUAUAUGAGUGAUUUAAGCAGCAGAGUAAAAAUCACUGUUAUGGAGGAACUGUUGCCAACUGGUGGUGGUACAAGAAUGGUUGUGUGUUCAUCUGGAGUCCCAGCUGAAUCUCUAAUUAAGUAAGAAGGAAAUGGUUAAUAUGGCUAUGUAAUAGAAACAGUACCACACAUUGUAACUAAGUUAUACUGUUUAUGCCUACACUACCAUUGUAACUUUUUUGAAAUAAUGAUUAUACUAUUUGCCUUAUUGCUUUUUGAAGUAUGAUAUUUUAGUGCAUACUUUGUAGACCUCAAAACCUUUUGGGUCUUUAAGCUGGCUAGAUAAAAGCCUGCUUCAGAUGCCUUUUUAUUCUCCUAGAUUU